AUGGCUGCUAGAGCGACUGGAACAGCUGCAAUUGCUGUGGAAUCGAAAUUCUCGCAGCUGAUACGUUCCGGUCAACUGAAAUCAAUAGAUGCUCUAGCUUAUGGAUCAUUCAAAGGUAUCACAGGGGACGAUCAAUGUUUUUCUUAUAAGCUUUCCGCUCACCACGCCUAUGGCUCUCAUCAAGCUCCAGCGGUAUCAAAAACCUACAACCCAGACCACUAUAGUAUUCAGCACCUUUUGGUCAACAAGCCCUCGGCUUUGUGGCUCUCUGUAUUUUGCGCGAAAGUUCAUGGAGGAAACAAGAAAGUUAUACGAACCCAUAUGGUACGGAGGAUCAGAACUGCAAUUAGGGAAGCCUUGAAGAACCACGACUAUGACUUGUCUGGAAAAAGGAUAUCCAGCAGUAUAGAAAGGGGUAGCAGGGGCGAGGACCUAGUUGGUACGAUGAUAAUAUCUGCCAAAGAUAAGGCCUUGACUGCAAAGAUGGAUGUUUUACAAAACCAAGCGGAGAUGGCUGUGACCGCAUUAAUACGAAAGUUCAAGCUGGAGCGUGAAGGUCGACGUAACAGUUCAAAUCAGAAUCCCAGCAAACAGACCAAGGGCAUGCCGAUUGAAGUGAAAAGGGUCCAGAUGAAAAAUAGGGCGAAGGAAAAGGACGGUGGUACAACAGUAAACCUUCCAAAAAAGAAGAAAAACACCAAGAAUAAGGUAUUUGAAGUAUUCGCCAUGUUAAUUUCACUCACCGUGGGUAAAGUCGAUGCCGGAGUGGCCGUCUUAUUAACUCAAGAUAAACGACUCAUUGAAUUUCCAUCUAUUCUCCUUCCACCCAACAUUACAUCCGGUAGCAUCGUCGAUAUCACAGUUGCACGAAACCUUGUCUCGGAAGAAAAAUCCCAGAAAUCAUUCGUCGCUCUCCAAGAUUCUAUCUUCAAUUCAUUUGGUGCAUCAGAACCGUCUGCACCAGUCCUUCGCUGUCGCAACGCAACUCAGACUUCUGUCGUUUUAGAAUGGGAUCAUAUUGAGUUAGCAACCGCAGAUGUCAUCUCACUCUCCCUCUUCCGCAAUGGACAAAAGGCUGGAAACAUCCCAAGGCCGAGUCAAAUGCUGAGCACAAAGAUCAGUGGUUUGGCUGUUGAUACAGAAUACACGUUUCACCUGGUAUUAAGAACAAGUGCCGGAACUUUUAGUAGUGAGAAGGUGGUUGUAAAGACGCAUAAAAUGACGGAUCUAAGUGGUAUUACUGUCACGCCUGGUAUUCUGCCCGCUUCAUUGAGGGAUAGUCUUGUCAAAGCAGUUGAGAGGAUUGGGGCGAAGAUGGCAGAUACUGUGAGAAUCGACACAACACACUUUGUCACGACAGAAGGAAGAGGCAUAGCUUGGGAGAAAGCCGUCGAGAUGAACAUUCCAGUUGUAAGGCCGGAAUGGGUUGAGGGCUGUGAGAGAGGUGGAAGAAUCGUGGGCGUUAGGCAAUAUUAUCUUGAUGCGGAUCCAAAACAGAGACAAAUAGUCUCGAACACACCUCCAGCUCAACCAGCACAAGCUGAACCACCCAGGGAACAAGUCACCACUCCAACUACUUCACCACCACCCACGAACACAAACGGUACGAAUGGUCAAACUGUCCCUCCUACCCCACCCGCAAAAGAUACACCCAAACCAGAUAAAGAGGAGAGAGAGAAGGAAAAAGAAGAGGGUGAUUCUAGUAGCGACUCGGGAGAAGGACAAGAAAAGCAAGAGACAGAAAAGACGACAGUGCCUGAAGAGCAGAAGUCUCGAGCUUCAGAUGUAGAACAACAAAAACUUGCCCUCCGACCAGCAGCCCCAUUCGGAGUAUCAGCAGAUGACUUGACCAAAUCGGGCGAGGAAAACACAUCCGGGAAUCAGACACCAGGAAAUGCUAGCUUUCAAGAUGUCGCUUUGUGA